AUGACACAGAUCGGAAGCUGUGCUAUCUGCUUAGCUCCGGCUGAGCAAAAAUGUGGAAACUGUCAGUGGGUACACUACUGCUCAAGAGAUCAUCAGAAGCAGCAUUGGAAGACACAUAAACAGUAUUGCACCCCCGCAACGGUGAAGACAGAUGAGAAGUAUGGAAGAUAUUUGGAAGCUACGCGACCAAUCAAGCCAGGAGAUGUAAUUUUGAAGGAAUCUCCCCUUAUAACUGGCCCUGCUCAGGUAACGCCGCCCGUGUGCCUUGGUUGCUAUAAGAUGCUAGAAGAAGAUAAAACAGUGCCAUGUAAUAAGUGUGGAUGGCCCAUGUGCAGCUCAGAAUGUUCAGCAAGAGAUGUCCAUAAACCUGAGUGUUUCUAUACGCAAAAUAGAGGGGAAAAGGUCAAAAUAUCAACUUACGGCGUCCCACAUCCAAACUACCAAUGCAUUACAGUACUCCGUUGUCUUUACCAACGUGACCAUGAUCAGAAGCUGUGGUCAAAGCUCCAAGCUCUCCAAUCACAUUGUGAAGAUAGAAGGGAUACAGACAAGUGGAACAAUGAUAGGAAAAUGGUUUUAGAGUUUAUCUGGAAAUUCUUUAAGUUGGAGACGACAUUUUGUGAGGAAGACAUCAUGAAGUGUUGUGGGAUUAUACAGAUAAAUGGACACGAGGUACCUCUUCUUGAGCCGGAGUACGUGGCUGUGUUCGAUAAGAUAUCAAUGGUGGAGCAUAACUGUCGUGCCAACUGCAACAAAAGCUUUACAUCCGAAGGAGAUAUUAUCCUAUGUGCAGGGUCUCCAUUAUCACCCGGCACACAUAUAUCAGUGUGUUACACCGACCCCUUGUGGGGAACAGAGGCAAGGCGUCAUCACUUAGCUGACUCCAAGUUCUUCGAAUGCACCUGCGAGAGGUGUUCCGAUGUCACAGAGUUUGGAACUAUGUACAGCGCUGUUAAGUGCAAGAAGAAGAACUGCAAAGGCUACCUCUUACCAGAAACAUUCAUCCUUCCCAUACUACACAAGACAACAUCCCCGGACCCAAAGACACGUGGUUUGGACAAUAAAUUCUGGAAAUGCCCGGUCUGUGAGGACGCGGUCUCAGACGCCAUCAUACAACAGCUUUUGCAAGACAUUGGCAAAGAACUGAGCGCUCUGCCCAAAGAAGACCCUGAUGCUUGCGAGAGAUUUAUCGAGCACUGCAGCGGCUACCUCCAUCCAUCCCACUACUACAUAACGGACGCUGGACUUGCUCUUGCGCAGAUGAUAGGCCAGCAACACAGCCUUGGCCUCGCCGGUGUCUCCGACGACCGCUUGCUGCUCAAAACCCAGCUCUGCCGGAAAAUAACAACGUUGCUGGAGACCUUAGGACCAGCUGAAACUCGUUUGCGCGGUUCUUUACUGUUCGAGCUCCACGCCGCAGUCGCGGAGACGGGAAGGAGAAAAUCCCUUCUCGAUGGACCGAUGGUGAUGCUGGGAUAUGUUACGGAAUCUCGUAAAAUCCUCUCCGAGUCAGCAAACCUACUUCGCCAUGAGCCCGUGGAGUUACCAGAAGGUCAGGUGGCUCGGCAGGCCAGGAUUAACCUGAUUCAAAUGGAUGACCUCAUAGAGAAACUGUCGAAUGCUCUCCCUUCGCCACUCUAG